CAGCGGCUGCAUUCUACUUGUGUGACUGUUUACCAACAAUCUCAGUGUCUGUGUCCGUAUCUAUCUAGUUAAUUUUUCCGUUUUCUUCUCGAAACUACAACGAACUCGAACAUUUAUUUUAUACUAGAAAACAAGAACAACAAGAACUCGAAAACGGACCAACAACUGCUCUUAACCGUUGAACAACAAGACUAAAGACUACAUGUCGCAGUUUCACCUCUCUGAUUCGGUGUAUUGUCACACUCAUCAGUGGAGACUGGACUUGAUCGAUUUCCUGGAUGACGAGUGGGGUUCAGAGGUGCUCCCCGAUGACGAUAUCUUGCUGCCUUACAAAGGCCUCUCGUUAGAAACGGACGAAGAUGGCACAUCCACUCGUCCACAUCAACUUGGCAUGGAUGGGGUUGGGGGCGGUAUAGUGUCACGCAGCGCCGCUCUCACGACGCCCUUUUAUCAGUCAAUAUCGAGUUCUACUUCAAGAUCUUUUAGAACUCCUGCUGGAGGUACAGAAGGUGGGAGUUUUGGGCCUGCUAGUGGUGUGCCUAGGUCUGGCUUUGAUCCUGAAGAUUCGAUUUCAUCUGGUAGAACGCAGGCACAACUACAAGGAAGACCAGAUGAUUACGUUGCCCACACGGGAGUCCGUCAACAACAGCCUUUCACCUAUACUGCCUUUGGUGCGAACUCUCUGAGCGGAACGAGUGCGGCAGUACUGGAUUCGCUAGCCCCUGUAGCGAGUACGCUGUCUUCGAACACAGAUGCAGCAGAGAGUCGUUUUUUAGCCGAUAUCGGGAUCGCGAGCGGAAGUGCCGCAGCAGCACUUGGGCGACUCAGUAUGUUGCAGGUGUUAGAAAAUUACGAUCUGGAUGUUCUAUCUUCCUCAACUAAUGGACCUUCUUAGGAGAUUCUAACUUUGAACAUGUCCACGUAUAAUAAACAUGAGCACCUAGUAACCCACCAAAGAUGAAAUAAAGCAAAUCGAAACCAGCAAGCAUGCGAUUCUUUGCGUCACCUGCUGAAGAUGGAUGCAGAUUACGGAGAGGAACAAAGUCUGACACAGGUGUGCCAUGAUCUUCGUCAUGGCGUUACAGGAAUCGGAAACUAUUUGAAUAGAGUAUAACCUACAACCAUGCUGAGCGACGGAGUACCUAC